AUGACAGCCAUGAAGCAGGAGCAGCAGCCCACCCCGGGGGCCAGGGCGAGCCAGGCGCAGCCGGUGGACCAGGAACUGGGAAGUAACAGCCCACCACAGAGAAACUGGAAGGGGAUUGCUAUUGCCCUGCUGGUGAUUUUAGUUGUGUGCUCACUCAUCACUAUGUCAGUCAUCCUCUUAACCCCAGAUGAACUCACAAAUUCAUCUGAAACUAGACUGUCUUUAGAAGACCUCUUCAAGAAAGACUUUGUGCUUCAUGAUCCAGAAGCUCGGUGGAUCAAUGAUACAGAUGUGGUGUAUAAAAGCGAGAAUGGACAUGUCAUUAAACUGAAUAUAGAAACAAACGCUACCACAUUAUUAUUGGAAAACACAACUUUUGUAACCUUCAAAGCAUCAAGACAUUCAGUGUCACCAGACUUAAAAUAUGUUCUUCUGGCGUAUGAUGUCAAACAGAUUUUUCAUUAUUCGUAUACUGCUUCAUAUGUGAUUUACAACAUACACACUAGGGAAGUUUGGGAGUUAAAUCCACCAGAAGUAGAGGACUCUGUCUUGCAGUAUGCAGCCUGGGGUGUCCAAGGGCAGCAGCUGAUUUAUAUUUUUGAAAAUAAUAUCUACUAUCAACCUGACAUAAAGAGCAGUUCAUUGCGACUGACAUCUUCUGGAAAAGAAGGAAUUGUCUUUAAUGGAAUUGCUGACUGGUUAUAUGAAGAGGAACUUCUGCAUUCUCACAUCGCCCACUGGUGGUCACCAGAUGGAGAAAGGCUUGCCUUCCUGAUGAUCAAUGACUCCUUGGUGCCUAACAUGGUUAUCCCUCAGUUUACUGGAGCGUUGUAUCCCAAAGCAAAGCAGUAUCCAUAUCCUAAGGCAGGUCAAGUGAAUCCAACAAUAAAAUUAUAUGUUGUAAACCUAUAUGGACCAACUCAUACUUUGGAACUGAUGCCACCCGACAGCUUUAAAUCAAGAGAAUAUUAUAUCACUCUGGUUAAAUGGGUAAGCAAUACCAAGACAGUGGUAAGAUGGUUAAACCGACCUCAGAACAUCUCCGUCCUCACAAUCUGUGAGACCACUACUGGGGCUUGUAGCAGAAAAUUUGAGAUGACAUCAGAUACGUGGCUCUCUAAACAGAAUGAAGAGCCUGUGUUUUCUAGAGAUGGCAGCAAAUUCUUUAUGACAGUUCCUGUCAAGCAAGGGGGUCGUGGAGAAUUUCACCACAUAGCUAUGUUCCUAGUUCAGAGUAAAAGUGAUCAAAUUACCGUGCGGCAUCUGACAUCAGGAAACUGGGAAGUGAUAAAGAUCUUGGCAUACGAUGAAAACACUCAAAAAAUUUACUUUCUGAGCACGGAGUCUUCUCCCAGAGGGAGGCAGCUGUACAGUGCUUCUACUGAAGGAUUAUUGAACCGUCAAUGCAUUUCAUGUGAUUUUAUGAAAGAACAAUGUACAUAUUUCAGUGCCAGUUUUAGUCCCAUGAAUCAACAUUUCUUAUUACUCUGUGAAGGUCCAGGGGUCCCAGUGGUCAGCCUACAUAACACGGACAACCCAGAAAAAUAUUUUAUGUUGGAAAGCAAUUUUAUGCUGAGGGAAGCUAUCCUGAAGAAGAAGACAGUAAAGUCAGAAAUUAAAAUGCUUCAUAUUGAUGACUAUGAACUUCCUUUACAGUUGUCCUUUCCCAAAGAUUUUACGGAUCGAAACCAGUAUGCUCUUCUGUUAAUAAUGGAUGAAGAACCAGGAGGCCAGCUGGUUACAGAUAAAUUCCACAUUGACUGGGAUUCGGUACUUCUUGACUCUGAUAAUGUUAUUGUAGCAAGAUUUGAUGGCCGAGGAAGUGGAUUCCAGGGUCUAAAAAUUAUGCAGGAGAUUCAUCGAAGGAUAGGUUCAGUGGGAGUAAAGGAUCAAAUAACAGCUGUGAAAUUUUUACUGAAACAGACAUACAUUGACUCCAAAAGAUUAAGCAUUUUCGGAAAGGGGUAUGGUGGCUAUAUUGCAUCAAUGAUCUUAAAAUCGGAUGAAAAGCUUUUUAAAUGUGGCUCAGUGGUGGCACCCAUCACAGACAUGAAGUUGUAUGCAUCAGCUUUCUCUGAAAGAUACCUUGGUAUGCCAUCUAAGGAAGAAAGCACUUACCAGGCAUCCAGUGUGCUACAUAACAUUCAUGGCUUAAGAGAAGAAAAUAUAUUGAUAAUUCAUGGGACCGCCGACACGAAAGUUCAUUUCCAGCAUUCAGCAGAAUUAAUCAAACACCUAAUAAAAGCCGGAGUGAAUUAUACUAUGCAGGUCUACCCAGAUGAAGGUCAUCACAUAUCUGAGAAGAGCAAGUAUCACCUCUACAGCACAAUCCUCAGAUUCUUCAGUGAUUGUUUAAAGGAAGAAAUAGCUGAGUUACCACAAGAACCAGAAGAAGAUGAAUAAUGGACCCUAUUUGUAUCGGACCGAAGGGGAUAUUGAGGCUCAAUGAAACCUAACUGAGAGACUGUCAUAUCGCAGAUGCUUCAGGAUUUUGAGGGCAGCUUAAGGAGAUGACGCGGGAACAGCACAGUCAGAGACAAUGACCUAGAAUUUGAAUACAAAAGUCCAAGUCUACUGUGUUGCCAAGGGUGCAGAAGCUGUUCCUUUGUAGAAAGAAGGUCAAAGGGUUGGUUUCCUGGGAGAAGUUAGUUUUGCAUUAAAGUAGGAGCAGUGCAUGUUUUCUUCUGUUCCCCCCUGUUUGUUCUGUAACUAGUUGCUCUCAUUUUAUUUUCCAUGGCCACCCUUCUCUUUGCAUAUAAUGCACAACUUAUCAAUACAAUGGUCCCCGAUCUCUGAUGGCUGAGCUG